GUUAGGAAGUUGGAACAAGUCAUUUUCAUGUGUUUCUAUAAAACCUUUGGAGCUCUUUCACCUCUAAUUCACAAAUUUGUAGGGAUACUGAGAUUUGAUUGAGCUACCAUGAGCACCAAGAAAAUAGAUCUGAAAGUCAAUAUGAACUGUCUAAAGUGCAAGAAGCAGGUUCUCCAAUCCAUUACCAAGCUUCAAGGCAUAGAUAGUAUAACUGUGGAUAUGGAGAAGGGAAUUGUAUCUGUGAUUGGCGAUGUUGAUCCAAUACAGAUUGUAUGCCGAGUCAGGAAGACUGGGAGGAUAGCUGAGUUAACUAAUGUUGGACCGCCAAAGAAGCCUGAAGAUCCCAAAAAACCAGAUGAUAAACCAAAACCUAAUCCCGACCCCAUCCCCCACUGUUGCAAAGAUUGUCAACAUUCUGGGUUCAGCUUAUUAGUAAUUGAUGACGGUAGACCAUCCUGCUCCAUCCUCUAGAGAUGAAGUUUUAUGUCUUUCUUUCUUUCUUUCUGUUGCACCAAGAAAAGAUUGCUUCUUCUAUUCUCUUCUUUUGUCAAUUCCUUUUCAUCAAAAUAAUGAAACUUUGCAAGCUGGUCUUGAAGAUUGAACCACA